CACAGGUUAUGAACACAUAUCAAACAAAAACCACAAAACGGAGAAUGGCGGCAAUCCACGUUGCACUGAAGAGGAAUCUACGAACAACAACAGUAAGUGGUGACAGAUCUAGACCUCGUAGACAAAACCCACAGAAUAAACUCACUGCAAAUCCACAACGGUGAUAAAUAUGGACUACAAUGGCAACCAUUUACAACAGAUUCACACGAAUGGUCGUGUUCCUGACCCACAUAAGAAAGAAAAGAUAGAAUUUCACAGAGGAAGGAGGUGAAAAAAGACAGUAAAAAUGUGAAGGAAAAAAACAUUAUUUAAAUAGGUCACAUGAUCUAGGUCAAUGACCGACAUUGUUAACCGACAUUGUAGCUUAAAUUUUUUGCAUUUUAAAGUUUCCAUAUGUUUUCCCAUGUCCGUCAUUGUAUCUUCAUGAAUCUUCAUACCACCACUAGAGGUCAAAUGAAAUCAAUCGACCAAAAGAGAUUGACCAAACAACGAAAGAAAGAUUUGUAAGAUAAACCUUUACAAUGACAUGGACUCUAAGUACGAACAUCCCUUCCACUAAAAAUUACAACAAAACUCAAUUAUUCGCAUAAAAUAAUUAGAUACCAAAAAAAGUUAGAACCUAAGCAUAUUCAAGAUAUACCACUAAUUUUAUAUGCACAAAUAUUUUUUUACACAGAAAUGAAAAUAACAAAGAGCCAAGUUCAAGGUCGUCAUCUUCACCAUUGAACCAUCUCUGAUUCUAAGGUUUAGGUCAAAGUCACUUACUCUCUCCCUCAUGACAAGAGGUUGAAUGAAAGCAAAGUAAUUAUUUUUCAGUUUAACAAGUGUGGAGUAACGUAUCAAACCUUCAACCUUGAAGAGAGUAAUAUCGAACCUUCAACCUUAAAGAAAGUCAUAGAUACCUUAACUAUUUGGGGACGAACAUGUAAUGUAUGAGAUUAUUAAAUUCAUAAACAAGGAUAUGUAAAUCCACAUGCAAUAGACUUGGCCUUUUAGUUCUAAAUUGUAUCGAUCUAACUUGACUAAAUAUCUUGGGAAGAAGAGUUCGACAAUUAAGGUUGAAGAUGGGAGAUAAAUUAGAAAACUUUGUAUCUUGAAAAAUGUAAAUAAGUAUCAAAUGAUAAUAUAUGUGGUUUAUGGUUAAAUGAUGGAACAGUUGAUUAAAAAACUGUUUAAACUACAUCAUCCUUUCAAGAAUUCAACCUGAGAUAAAAAAUCUUUUGAAGUAGUUAGUUUACAAAUUCCCUUUCAAACUUGUAAUUUUCCUCCAUUCAUUUUCAGUUUACUAUCCAUUAUCCCAAUUGGAAAUAGCCUAGCAUUAUUGAAUAUAAUUGACUAAAUUGCCAACUCUAUGUCACAUUAAUUCCUCCCCCCUCCCCCCGCAAUAUAUAUAUAUAUAUAUAUAUAUCGUGAGUGUCCAACCCAAGCCGCCUAACCCUGCAAUAUUUGGAUACCAAGAAUAUUAAUCCUGGGUAAGUGGCCUCCAUAGAUUGAACUUUGAACUCAUUCCUUAUAAGUAUUUUACUAUACCCAUGGCCUUUAUUGCCAACUAGGUUAACCCAUGAUGAUUACUUGGAAGUUUUUUUUAAUACAACUCUUUCCAAGUUUCUAUUCACUAUUCAGGUUGUUCUCUCAAUUAAACCAAACAGGUACCUCUCUUUCCAAGCAACUGAAAAAGUCUCUUGAAAGAAAAUUUUCAACUACUAACACAAAAGCAACAAGCAAUCCCAUGCGAAAAGGCCCAUAAGCUCCCAAGUCCCAAUUCCUCUUUAGUCAAAUUGAAGCUAACCUUUCCUGUGUUUUAAAUUCUUCCUCCUAAUAACAAGACAUCCCGCCAUGGAAAAACACCAUCUUUGCUACACCUUAAGUCUCUCCAUCAUUGUCUCACUCGCACUCAUUGCCUUUGUCUCAUGUGUAGCUGCAGAAUUACACAGAACAAAGACGAAUGACCUCAAGUUGGAUGGGAAACUGUGCUAUUUGCCGGAAAGUCGAGCAUUUGGAUAUGGAGUUGCAGCUUUGGCGUGUUUGGUUAUGGCUCAAGUUAUCGGGAAUAUUUUACUUUGCACGAGUUGCAAUUUCAAUUUAAGGAAGAAGAAGAGCAGUGAACAAUCUCCUAAAAGACCAAACUUAGCCACAAUUUUUCUUCUUGUUUCAUGGGCAAGCUUUACCGUAGUGAUAUUGCUACUGAGCGCGGCGUCAAGUAUGAGCAGACGGCAACCGUACGCGGCGGGAUGGUUGGGCGGCGAGUGCUACUUGGUGAAAAGCGGUGUAUACGUCGCCGCAGCAGUUCUAAUCCUCAUCUCGACAUGCUCAACCGUAGGCUCGGCCGUAACAGUUCAGAUCAACAAAUCCAGAAAAUCUACCGCACUGCCAAAAUGAAGAAAAAGUUCAAACAGUAGAGAAAAAUAAAAGCAUCGCAACGGCAAUGGCAACGACGGCGGCGGCGAUCGCCAGCCUGCAGCGAAAAGCUCCUAGUCGCUAUGUUCCUGUGAUGGCGCCUCCACUGGACGGGCUCUUGCUCGAGUUAAUUUUUAUUUUGGUGAAAAUAACCUAACACCAGUUCAAAAUCACUUGGUGUCCCUAAACUUUAAAAUGGGAGGUUGUUCGUAGAAAAUAAAUUUGAAAACAAUAUAUCUAAAAUUCUGGAAAUAAAUUUGUAAAAUAUGGCAAAUUCAAAAGUAUAAUUAGGAACGUGUCUUCAACUUAUAAAAAAAUUGUAGAUACGGUAAAAUUCUUA